AUGGACAAAAAUUCUUUUUUUAUACCACCCUCAGAGGGAAGCAAAUCUACCCCGGAAGACCAUCAAAUGGACACAGACGACUCACCUAACAGUCUAGAAAACACCCUACUAUACCAAAGUGCGGAAAAUUCGCCAUUAAACACCAGUGAAAUUAACCCUGAAAGUGCGAGCAACACCACCGAUAGGGCGGCAUCACAAAACCAAGUUAACAACAUAAAAACCAGUGAAAAUCGCGAAAGUGCGGUAGUUACUAAUAAUAUUAGUGAAACCACCCCUGACACCUUCGUGUCCGCGUAUCAAACGCUACCACUGCCAAGUUCGGUAACGGCACGCGUACUCAAUUUCAGAACUGACAAAAAUACCACCACCUCCAGUGAAGAGGAGAACAUAAAUAAGCCACCACCACCACCACAACCCCUAAGGCCGGGUCUUUUUACACUACCUCCACCUAUUAAGGCAAGCACACCCCUAAACACUCAAGUGUUAUUACCUAAGAGGAAAAACACCUCACCAACCGAAAAAGAUACUGCUGAAAAUGACGGGGAAGACGAAACUGAUCUUUCAGACAACCAAGGGUUUCAAAAACCCCGUAAAUUCAAAAAGUUCAAAACAAACUUCGUAAAGUUAAUUGAACGAAAAGCCACAUCUACUAUACCACUAACUAAUAAAUUCUACUCUCUCAGCGAAAGUGAAAGUGAAAUCGAACAAGACACCGUCAUUGCCCCAAAAACUAAGGGAAAAGCCACCCCAAACCUCCCAAUCAAGGGAAAUUUAUCCAAACAAACUACAAAAAAUAUAGUGACGGCAACAAAAAUAAACAAAAAAGCUACCAUCCCUCCAAUAGUGGUAGAUGGAAGGACGGACAAUCAUGCUACCCUUACAAACAACCUAAAAGCAAUCAUAAAAGGUAAAUACUCAGUGAAAUAUACAAAUGCAACUACAGUUAUAUUCACUGAGGAACUCGAAGAUUAUGAAGCACUACUGGGAAGCAUAAAACAAGCAGAAAUACCACAUCACACAUAUACAAACAAAGCUGAAAAAACACACGCCUUUGUACUCAGGGGAUUAGCAAAUGGCACAGAAAAAGAAGCCAUAGAGGAGGAUUUGAUAGCCUCUUAUGAAAUAAAACCCAAAGAGAUUUUUAAAAUGACAACGAAACAUAGGCCACUAUUUUUAGUGGUCACCGAUCCGGCCAUAACUCUCGACUACCUUAACAAGAAUGUUAGGCCUUUUGAACGUCCACUGCUAGACAUAAAGACCUCCGUCAAUGAUUUACGCGACGAACGGUCUGCGUUUGCAUUCAUCGAAGGCGCGCGAUCCUGCAGAUCGUCGGUUCAUCGUGAAGAAAAAAUAGUUAUCAAAAAAGAAUUAGAAGUAAGACGGAAUUAG